CGUCGGAGUUUUCUUGCUGUAGCUACAUGUCUCAAGCUCGCCCAUAUCUAUCUAUCAAUGAUUCCUGCGAAUUCCGGACUUUCUAGCAUAACCUGUUCUUGUCGUUCCGCCAGCUGAUACCAUGGAGAAAGCCAGACCGGCCCCUGGCCACCCCAGCACGUAUGGCCAAGCUUGCAUGCAAUGCUACAAGGCAAAGUGCCGGUGCGUGCCUCGUUCAAGAGGUGAUAGCUGCGAAAGAUGUCAUCGUCUCAGAAAAGAGUGCCUGCCAUCCGACUCGACUCGCCGGCGCAAUGCUGAUAGAGCUGAAGAGUCUGGUACGCGAAUCGCCCAGCUGGAGGGCAAGAUAGAAAUGCUGUUAUCGGCAGUGCAGUCGAUUGUCAGCUCUUCUGGAUCUUCAGCUGAAGCUCUUCGGCUCCUUAACGAGGAGAGGAUCCCAUCGUCCACGGCCGGCCCCAACGACACGCCAGCAAACUCCAUUAGCACCAACCCGAGCAUCAGUGGAGUACCGACGCCCGCAACGGACCCGUCUCCCUUGGCACAGGCUCAUACAGACCCGUGCUCUCCGUCUCAAUACUCUCCAUCCCCGUCUGAGCCAUCGCCACGUCAAGCAGAGGAGUGCCUCAGCUUCUUCCGAUCCCGGAUGCUGCCGUACUUCCCUUUCAUCAACCUUACCCCAGACAUAGCAGCCUGGCAACUACGCCAUACCCGACCGUUCUUAUUCCAGGCAAUCCUCGUCGUUACCACCUUCUCGACACAGAAAAGGCUAGCUCAGAUUGAGGAGUUGAAACGCAUCCUGUUCACGUCUGCUCUUCUCGAGGUCCAAUCGAGUAUCGACCUACUGCUUGGAUUACUAACGUAUUUAGCAUGGAGUAACGACGCCUUUCUCGGCAGAGCAGACCUCAUAUCUCGCCUCAUGAUACUCGCCAUCUCACUAGUAUAUGAUCUGCGGUUGUUCAAGCCACUCCCGCCAGAUACGAUACUAAUGAUGGCGAUCACUCAGGGACAGGAUCACGAAAGCGAUCAGAAUCCCAAUGAUGAAACCUUUCAAGGCUUCAUGGAAAAGCAACGAGCAGUCCUAGCAUGUUUUGUGUUGAGCUCCAAUAUUUCAUCUCACCUUGGGCGCAUAGAUGCCCUACGAUGGACGCCCCAGAUGGAAGAGGCUCUUCGCAUUAUUGAAAUGAACAAGUCAUGCCUAACGGACGAGGCUUUUGCGUUCCAGGUGCGCCUGCAGCUGCUGAAACAAAGAGCAGCUCACAUCCGAGAACAGCAGAUAGACGGUGCUCGUACAGCAACAGCUUCAGUGACUACCUCGGUGCCAGGCUUAUUGUACCUCAAGACACUAAGGGAGCAGUUGCAUGAAUUGAAAUCUUCAUUUCCUCCAGAUCUCCUUCAAAGAGGCGCGUUUAUUACACAUGCACAUUACGUCGACCUAUACAUAAAUCAGCUGGCUUAUUCGAUAAGCUGGGACUCGCCACCUCUCAAUUUGUUGGGGCCAAGGAGUGACGGGGGCCAUUUGCCUGGGUUCGAACGCCUCAAGUGUUUGUGGUGGUCCGUCGAAAGCAUCAAGUCGUGGCUGGAUAGUUUCUACAAGAUCUCCCCAUCGGACCUCGUCGGUCUUCCCUUUCAUUUCUGGUCCCAGAUGAUCAUGUGUGUCACUAUUUUGAAGUACCUGUCGGUGCUCGAAGACCCGGCUUGGAAUCGCCAAGAGGUGCGGAACACAGUUGACUUGAUUGCGACAAUGGACUGUAUGAUCCAGAAGCUCGACCGAGUUUGCAUAGAGUCGAAUUUCCAGUGCGAUGACAGUAUUUUCAACCUGUUAUCCAAGCUUUUGAGCAAGUGUCGUGUAUGGGCUGGUGCCCGGUUGAACACUUCUCAGAUACAAGAUGCGGAGGCCGGGCCAUACCGGAGUGCAGAUCCUUGCGAGACUAGUCACAACAGCUCCAUCCCAGAUCUGGACCAGAUGAUUUGGAUGCAGUCAAUGGACUUGGAAGAUGAUCAGUGGUUCGAGGACGCGAUGAACCUUCCUGCACCAUUUUUGUAGAUACAUCAACCCAACAACAUACAAAUCGAAAACACCUCAGAUCAUCAGCACUGCCGGAAGAACUUUCAUCUGUCAUGACCGCAGUCCGACCACAAAGUCAUCAAACUAGACUGAAAGGUCGAUACUCUAGACUGCAUUGAUGCCUAUCCUGCAAUGCGAGAUAGGUGCGGUCACCCAGAAGAAUAUCAGAGGAUGAGUC